UCCUGAGGACUGAAAGAGGACAGCUAUCUUUCAUAUGCAGGACGUGAACGCAACGCGACCUUAAUUCACCUGCACUCAUCGCUACUGCUGUAUAUUUUCGCUUAAUAUUGGUAAAUGUGUAAUUAUUAAAUAUCAGCUCGGUGGACUGCUAACCUACAGGCUCGCAAACUAACGGUCAAAGUCUCCUUGCCAAGAUCGCAACAAAUUUGAAGUAAAGUUUGACUUCAGUUGUUUCUUCACCUGCCAGGAUGAUUGGGUGUUUUAGCUUAAGGAGAGGUGCACUGAGGUCAGUGUACUUUACUACACGACAAGUACAAUUAUCGACCAUGUCCCAGACUAUCCCUCCGAUUCUCUCCGUCCUCCCCACUCGGGCUCUGGUCGAUGAGAAGUUCAAGGUGUUGGUGGAGAAUCUGCCUGCAGGAUCUCCAGUAACUCUUCACUCCCUCCACCACUCUGAGGACAAGGACUACUGGGAGGCGUAUGCCCACUACAUCAGUGACCACAGAGGAACAGUGUCUGUUGCAGAGGAUUUGAGUUUUGGCGGGACAUACGCAGGAAUAGAGCCCAUGGGUUUGUUGUGGAGUAUGCGUCCUGUCCCAGGUAGCCAAAAAGGCCGCAGGUUGAGAAAGACGGACGUCCACAGCCCCAUGCUGGUCAACAUCUCUGUCUACAGUGGACACAUAGCUGAGGGCUUCAGGGAGCAGCCUCCUCUGGCCUCAGCGCUGACUGAGAGGUGGUACAUGGCUCCAGGGGUCCGGAGGAUUGAUAUCAGGGAGAAAGGAGUGCGAGGGACCCUGUUUAUACCUCCAGGUCCAGGACCCUUCCCUGGGCUGAUGGAUAUGUGGGGAAUUGGUGGAGGGCUGAUCGAGCGUCGUUCGGCCUUGUUGGCAUCCCAUGGUUAUGUGUCUUUGGCGCUGGAGUAUUUCUCUCCCGGUGAACUGAAGUCAGCAGAGCUAGAGUUCAAAUAUUUUGAGGCGGCAUUUAAUAUCGUAAAGGAUCAUCCUCAAGUGAUCCCAGACAGAGUUGGAAUUUUUGGUAUUUCCCUUGGCGCAACUUUUACGAUGUAUUUGGCAGCUGAGAGCACCAUUAUCAAGCCUUGGUGUUGUGUUUGUGUCAAUGGCGGCCACUUUUAUCCACGUGGGGAAACCCUCAGUGCAUUCUAUAAAAUGAUAAUGAGGAAUUCUCACAAGGUACGUGUGGAUGAGAAUGACCAUCAGAUAUGGCGAGAUGUAACUCUACCAAUUACCAGUGACCUCUCGAGGAAAGUGGACGUGAGAAAAAUAAACUGUCCAGUGUUGUUGGUCAGUGGUCAUGAUGAUCAGAACAUACCCGCAGUGGAGUCUGCUGAGGAUGUCGCCCAGAUGAUGCAUACAGCAGGGAAGGAUCACCUGCUGACCAGACUACAUUACCCUGAUACUGGACAUGUGAUUGAGCCGCCCUACUCGCCUCACUUCAGAGCUACUAACUUCAUAAUAGAAAGCACAAAAGCCAAAGCGAUUUUACUGAUGGGAGGACAAACCAAACCUCAUUCAGACGCUCAGGAGGACUCCUGGAGGAAGAUCUUGGCUUUUCUGCAGCAGCAUCUUUACUCCACUUCAAGUCCCAAAGCCAAGAUGAUGAUUACAUAAAUUCAGAUAGACCCCAAAUAACUGCUGGAAAAUUACACUGAUAUAUAAUAUAUAUAUCAGGUGUAGUGUGUGUGUAUAUAUAUAUAUACACACACACUACACCUGACUACAUGGCAUUGGGGUCAAAUUGUGCCUCUAUUUCAUUAUUUAUGUGUCCACAAAGCCAUAAUACUGAAUGAGACAGACUGAAUGAGUAUUAUUACAAGGGCUGCAACUAAUCUGUCAAGUAUUUUCUCAGUUAAUUUAUUAGUUGUUGAGUUUACUGUCAUAGAGGGCUAAAGAAACUAAAACAUAAUCAUAUGUAAUGUCAAUUAUUCAAUCCAAUCACUAGUGAUUAGUAUUCAGCUGCUGUGAUGUCAUUUCCACGUGUGUUAACAAGCGUUUUUAAUGAGGGGGAAGGAAUAGAUGCCAUUUUAAAGAUUUUAAAACACAUUAUUGUUCCAAGCAGAGUUUUUUUUAUUUUCUUAAUACAUGUCUGAGGGAUCUUUUAAUAUACACUAAUGCACAUCGUUAUCAUCUUAUAACGCACAAUAAAGUGUCUUGAUACAAGAAAAUAACAGAUAAGGCAGCAGAGUUUGACAUUUCCACAUUAUUUAUUACAGCGCUUCAAAACAUUGUUACUUGACACAGAAACAUGGAUGAGACUUUAAUUAACUCAGGGAUUUUGAUUGAAAAUAAUAUUAAAAAAACUAGGGCUCGUACAUUUUUGUUUUUAUUCUUAAAGGUGCAGUGUGUAGAAUUUAGUGGCAUAUAGCAGAGCAGACUUGGCAGUAAUUGAAUAUAAUAUUCAUAAGUAUGUUUUAAUUAGUGUACAAUCACCUGAAAAU